UCUCAUCAAGGCUGUUUAACUUCUUUUUAUCUAAACUUAAACAAAUUAUGAUGAUAACAAAGAUUAUUUUGUCGCAAUAAAAAGUGAACUUCAAAGGUGGUAUUAUUUCAAGUGGACUGCACCUUUGAACUAAAACGAGAUAAUAAAGAAACUGUUCACUCGGUUCGUAUCACAGUGAGACAUAGUGUUGAUUGGUUACAUAUUUUGGUUAAUAUGAGUGUGGAGAAUACUACCAGAAAGGAGGAAAGGGGGGACCUUUAUUGUCCGUAUGAGCACAGAAACGUAAAGAAACCAAAUUCAGACAUAAGGUCGCUAGCAAACCUUGUGAAGUCUUCUCUAGGGUCAGGCAUACUAGCUAUACCUCUGGCAUUUUCCCAUUCAGGAUGGGGCCUCGGCAUUGUAGGCACUAUUAUCAUAUCUAUAAUUUGCACGCACUGCGUUCACAUAUUUGUCAGUUCUUCGUAUACGUGCUGCGUAAUAGAGCGACAGCCUUCUAUGUCCUACGCCGAAACUUGUCAUGCGGCGUUUGCCAAUGGUCCAAAAGGAGUCAGGCCGUAUGCUAGUGCUGCUAGGGCAUUUGCAUUUCUAGCUUUGCUCUGCACGUAUCUUGGCGUUUGUUGCAUCUUCACUGUGUUAAUCGCGGAGUCUAUCAAACAGUUGCUCGACACCUACGUUCAAAGUUUUGUCUUAUCGACGGAAUACUAUUGCUUGAUAUUACUGGUCCCUCUAUGUAUACUGGUACAAAUUAAGCAUCUCAAGUUCCUAGCGCCUCUCUCACUAUUGGCUAACAUAUUUCUCAUUGCUACAUUUGUGAUAUGCCUCUAUUUCAUCUUCGAAGCCAAAUUGGACAUCAAAGAUAAAAAAGUCAUCGGGACGUGGCAAGAAUUUCCAGCGUUUUUAUCUACGGUCAUCUUCGCAAUGGAAGGCAUUGGGGUGGUGAUGCCAGUUGAAAAUAAUAUGAAGAAACCACAACAUUUUCUCGGAUGCCCGAGUGUGUUAGUCAUAGCCAUGGGCUUGGUGACGGUGCUGUAUACGGUUCUCGGAGUUUUUGGUUACUUGCGAUACGGCGACGUCCUCAGAGGUACCAUUACGCUCAAUCUACCAAUGAAUCACUGGCUCGCAAUAUGCGCAAAAAGUUUUAUAGCAUUAUCAAUAUUCCUGACGUAUCCUCUUCAUUUCUACGUGGUCAUAGAUAUUAUAACGAAUACCGUAAUAAAGCCUUACGUCAAAGACCAGUACGUGAAUAUUGCGGGAAUCGCUACCAGAGCAGCUAUUGUGAUUGGUUGCGGUGGUGUAGCCAUGGCUCUACCUUUAUUGGAGCAGAUCAUUAAUAUUGUCGGAGCCCUUUUCUACUCUAUCCUCGGCUUAAUAAUUCCUGGAAUUAUAGACACGGUUUGCAAAUGGGAUAACCUAGGAAAAUCCAAAUGGAUAUUGUGGAAAAAUAUAUUAAUUGUCCUUUUCGGUCUUACCUGCGCCAUCUCAGGAACCAUGGUUACUGUAUUUGAUAUUAUACGUAUAUUAGGAGAAAAAACUGAAUAG